CCGGGCCUUGGUCGGGCGGAGCAGCGCCCAGUGGGGACCCAUUCAUUUUUCUGGCAUCUCUCUGGGCGUGGGGCCCAAUCUGCCGGCGUGCCCGAAAGCCCACGGGUCUCAGGCGGGAAGGGCAGGCCCCGGGAGGGCACUUGACCUUAAGCCUCUUUACCUCCGCAGCGAGGAAGCGGGAGAGGAGCCCACGCCGCCUGUCACCCAAGUCCUGCAGCCGCGCCUCCCCGAAGAAUAGAAAAUGUUCGCCUGCGCCAAGCUCGCCUGCACCCCCGCUCUGAUCCGAGCUGGAUCCAGAGUUGCAUACAGACCAAUUUCUGCAUCAGUGUUAUCUCGACCAGAAGCUUGGACUGGAGAGGGCUCAGGAGUGUUUAAUGGGGCCCAGAAUGGUGUGUCUCCACUAAUCCGAAGGGAGUUUCGGACCAGUGCAAUCAGCAGAGACAUUGAUACUGCUGCCAAAUUUAUUGGUGCAGGUGCUGCAACAGUAGGAGUGGCUGGUUCUGGUGCUGGUAUUGGAACCGUCUUUGGCAGCCUCAUCAUUGGCUAUGCCAGAAACCCUUCUCUGAAGCAGCAGCUGUUCUCAUAUGCUAUCCUGGGAUUUGCCUUGUCUGAAGCUAUGGGUCUCUUUUGUUUGAUGGUUGCUUUCUUGAUUUUGUUUGCCAUGUAACAAAAAUUACUGUUGGAGAUGUUGGCAUUCAUAUUAAUUACGGAAUGGAUAUAAUUCUGUGUAUCUUACUGUGACUCCGAAAACUGUAGUGUUGGUGUCAUGGAAAUGUACGUUAUUUCCAAAGUCAUUUCAUUAAAGAUGAAAACUUUAAUUUUUGCUGUGAUCUGUACUUCUCUAAAUUUGGUUGACCACACAGAAGAGCAUAUACGUGGCAGAUGCU